AACCCUUAGAGCGUCAGGACCAACCUUUUUCCUUCCCCUCGAAUUAACCUCCUCCUCCCUUCCUCCUCUCGUGCGUUAACCUUCACGCAUUUGCUUCGUAGCAGCAGCGACGUCCCGUGCUUGUGCUGUUUUGCUUCUCGGAUGGCGUUCCCUUACCUGGAAGCGGUCUUGGGCUUUAUGAUCUUCAUGUACUUGUUCGAAACAUACUUAGACAUUCGGCAACAUGCAGCUCUGAAGCUACCCAACUUGCCUAAGCCACUGGAAGGGGUAAUUAGUCGAGAAAAAUUUGAAAAAGCUCGAGCUUAUAGCAUUGAUAAAAGCUACUUUCACUUCAUUCAUGAAGCUGUGACCAUACUGAUGGACACUGCAAUUCUGUAUUUUGGCUUAUUACCUUGGUUUUGGAAGUUGUCUGGAAACUUGGUGGCAUACUUGGGCCUAGAUGCAGAAAAUGAAAUAAUUCAUACACUGUCAUUUCUAGCUGGUGUUAUGAUUUGGUCACAGAUAACGGACUUGCCAUUUUCUCUUUAUUCUACAUUCGUGAUCGAGGCUCGCCAUGGAUUUAACAAACAAACAAUAUGGCUAUUUUUCAGGGACAUGUUUAAGGGAAUUUGCCUCUCCAUCUUACUUGGCCCCCCAAUUGUGUCUGCAAUUAUUUUCAUAGUUCAGAAAGGAGGUCCAUAUCUGGCUAUAUAUCUUUGGGCUUUUAUGUUUGUUCUCUCCCUUGUCAUGAUGACACUAUAUCCCAUUCUCAUAGCUCCUCUGUUCAAUAAGUUCACUCCUCUUCCUGAUGGAGAGCUCAGGAAGAAAAUAGAGAAGCUUGCAGCCUCACUGAAGUUCCCUCUAAAGAAACUUUUUGUUGUUGAUGGAUCUACGAGGUCAAGCCAUAGCAAUGCAUAUAUGUAUGGAUUUUUCAACAACAAACGCAUUGUUCUUUAUGACACGUUGAUUCAGCAGUGCAAAAAUGAGGAGGAAGUAGUUGCAGUUAUUGCCCAUGAACUUGGACAUUGGAAACUGAAUCACACAAUGUAUUCUUUCAUUGCUAUUCAGAUUCUCACAUUUUUGCAAUUUGGAGGAUACACACUAGUGAGGAACUCAAAGGAUCUCUUUGAAAGUUUUGGCUUUGAUAGUCAACCAAUACUUAUUGGUCUCAUUAUAUUUCAGCAUACUGUUAUACCCCUCCAGCACCUUGUGAAUUUUGGUCUCAAUCUUGUAAGCCGGGCAUUUGAAUUCCAGGCUGAUGCUUUUGCUAAGAAACUGGGCUAUGCCAAAGCUCUUCGAGCAGGCCUCAUCAAGUUGCAAGAGGAGAACCUCUCUGCUAUGAACACUGAUCCAUGGUAUUCGGCUUACCACUACUCCCACCCUCCGCUAGUUGAAAGACUUUCUGCUAUUGAAGAAGCUGACAGUAAGAAGGAGAACUAAUGCUGAUGGUUUGUGAUGUGUCUUACUGAGCAUGAAGUUUUUGCCUUGCCUGUCAUCUGGCUCCAUCGGCUUACAAUUAUACGUAAUGAACAUGAUCAUCCUUCUCCGGAAGAUUUUGGUCCAAAACUAGUCAUCGCAUGAUAGCUUAUCUAAAAUAUUGUUUCGGACAUUUCCCACACAGGAAAAGUGGUACUUAGUAUCUGAAACUGCAAUAUUUAUGUUUUUAUUCGAGAUUCAAGAUAAGUUUGCAAAAUAUCAGGAACAUGAUAUAAAAUCGGUGUAUUAUGUUG